AUGGAGUCACCUGCACUCUCAGGAAGAAUAGCACGAUGGCAGAUCUUACUGACUGAGUAUGACAUCGUGUAUAUGAGCCAAAAAUCGAUAAAGGGAAGUGCGAUAGCUGACUUCUUGGCAAGUCGAACAGCGGAAGAAUACGAGCCUUUGAGAUUUGAUUUCCCAGAUGAAGACUUGAUUUGCAUUUCAGAAAAAGAGGGUGAGUCAUCAAGAGAGAAAUCAUGGAAAAUGAGCUUUGAUGGUGCAUCAAAUGUAUUGGGGCAUGGGAUUGGAGCAGUCUUAGUAUCGCCGGAGGGAGAUCAUUACCCGCUCACUGCCAGAUUGAACUUCUUCUGUACCAAUAAUAUAGCGGAAUAUGAAGCUUGCAUCAUAGGGCUUCGUGCAGCUAUCGAGAGGAAAAUCAAAAUCUUAGAAGUGCACGGGGACUCAGCAUUAGUCAUUUAUCAAAUUCGUGGGGAUUGGGAAGUGAGAGAUCCAAAAUUAGUCAAGUACCACGAUCUUGUUGCGAAAUUGGUCAAAGAAUUCAAAGAAGUGACUUUUAACUACUUUCCACGAGAGGAGAACCAAUUGGCUGAUGCCCUAGCCACCUUGGCUUCGAUGUUCAAAGCAAACAGAGAAACUGAGAUAAUGCCCAUCCAAAUGAGUAUAUAUGAGACCCUCGAACACUGUUUUAGUAUUGAGGAGGAGUCAGAUGGACGACCAUGGUUCCAUGAUAUCUUGGAGUAUAUCAAGAAUCAAAGGUACCCCGAGCAGGCAAACGAGAAUGACAACAGAACAAUCAGAAUAAUAACGGUUGGAUUUAUUCUUGAUGGGGAUAUUCUAUACAAAAAAGGAAAAGAUCAAGUGCUCAUUAGGUGCGUGGACGCUGUUGAAGCUAGAAAGAUACUUGAAGAGGUUCAUGAAGAAAUUUUUGGAAUGCAUGCCAGUGGUUUCACUAUGGCCAGGCAGAUUAUGAGACUUGGUUAUUACUGA